AUGUCCUCAGUAACUCUGCUCAUUCUCUCCUCCGUCCGACUUGAGUUUCUCUCUCGUCGACCUCCGCUCGUCUUAGGAUCGACUCCUAUAGACUUGACACCUCCGCCUCUACCUCUGUCUUAUCUCUUGUUUCCGAACGUCCGCCGGAAUUCCCGCGCAUCGGACAUCGGACUCCGGACAUCGCCCGACGCCCUCCGGACAUCGUCCGGUAACCUUCGGACAUCGUUCGACAACCCUCGGAAGUUAGGGGCACGUACUCGGGUAAGGGGCGCAGCGCACGAGCUGAAGCCAAGCCCUUCGGAUCCGACCCUUGAGCACGUUCUUAACAGCUCUCCUUCGGCCAUUGGUCAGUUUGCCCUUGUGCACCUGGAACAACGAACACUGGUAACCAUCAAUUCCGAUGACCCCUCGUUCAGUCUGCAGAGCACAUGGGUCACCAUCUGCCUCCAAGAGGCACGCAAAGUGGAAUUAUCCACGCAGGCAGGACUCAUGGCAACGUACCUUGAUGUUGGAGGAUACCAUACUCACCAUCGCAAUGCUCAAUCGGAGCUAAUAUUUUUACGGGCAAAGAUGUGUCGUGCCCAAGCUGAGGCGGCUGUUUAUACACUGGCCCUUGAAAAUUCCCCUGCGUCAACCUACUCUGACAGCUGUCAUAUCCCGCAUUCCAGACCAACAUCCGACGAUGUUCCCACGCCUCAUCCGGACCUCCGGACCUCCUGUCCAUGUCUCCAGACCCAAUCCUCUAUCCAUCCGGAUCCCUGUACUCCUGCAUCUGAUAUCCGGACACCAGAUCUGAUAUCCACAUCUCCGGAUCUCCGGAUCCGACCUAUCUGUCAUGUCCGAACCCAAACCUUAAAUCAGCGCCCAUCCCCUUAUGGUAAUCACCUGUCUCCGGACUUCCGAACAUCCGGAUCCGACCCACGUCUAUCUUCCGGAUCCGACCCGCGUCUAUCUUCCGUGCCUUAUCCCUUUUUUGAUUUUUCUAUGUCUUCAUCUCCGUCUUCAUUUACUAUUUUCCGAUAG